AUGAUGAAGGGGUUGUGGACUUCUAAAUGUGGCCAAGUGAUAACAGUGUGCGUUAAGGAGAGUGAAUUGAAGAUGUUCAACAAAGGUUUUUUGUGUUUAGAAAAAGUUAUUUUUCAGUUUUUUCUCCUCUUUUUUCUCUGUUAUGGUAUCUUUUCUCCCACCCCUCAAUUCCCUUCCUCCGUCCUUUUUCUAUCAAUUGAAAACUUAUUAACUAAGUUUCAAUUUGUCUGUUGUUGUGGUGAUAUGUCCCCUCAACGUGCUGCAGAUGGUUGUACAAUUUUGAGCAGUUUUGAAGCAUUGAUACAGGUUCUCCUUCUUUGA